AUGGAAAACGAAGAAGGUCUUCAGGUUGAUCUUUAUCAACCAAGAAAAUGUUCAGCUACCAAUCGACUUAUCACCGCAAAAGAUCAUGCUUCAGUUCAAAUAAACGUUGGUGAAGUUGAUGAAAAUGGUCAUUACACUGGUAAAUAUGAAACGUAUGCCUUAUGUGGUUUCGUUCGUUGUUCAGGAGAUUCUCAAAAAGUAAGUACUUUGCUCUUUGGUGGGUUCUAA